AUGAAAUGAACUCCCAUUGGAACGAUAUUCCCCAAGAAGAUGAAAACUCCUGGAAUGAUAUCAAAGAUCGACCCACCUAUACAGUCGAUUCUGAAGAAUUCGAAGAAGAUUCUUCAAAUAACUUUACACAACCAACAGUAGAGGAGAAUCAAUCAACUGAUUUUUCUCAAGAUACGCUU